AGGUGGACAUGAUCCAGGAUGGGAUCGCAGGCAGCAGUGCCACCCUCUCAAAAAUGUCCAAGAGACUGCGAAAGAGAUGCAAUAAAAGCAUGAAAAAAUAUGGCAGGAGAGGACAAAGGGUUGGUGGCAUCAAUGCUGUUGUGCAUAUAGAUGAGAGCAAAUUCUGCCACAAAAGGAAGUAUGCCAGAGGCCGUAUUGGCAACACCUGGAGGAGGAGAACAUGGGUUUUUGGAAUCUUGGAGAUCCGUGGUGAUUCCAGAAGACCUGUUCUGCGACUAGUCAAAAGAAGAAACAAGCAGACUCUUCUUCCCAUCAUCAAACAACAUGUGAGGCCGCAAAGUGUAAUCAUCAGUGAUGAAUGGCGUGCAUACUCUACUCUUAGUCAAGUGGGAUAUGUCCACCAUACAGUGAACCACAGCGUCAACUUUGUUGACCCAGUCACAGGCAACCAUACCCAACACAUUGAGAGGGCAUGGAACACCUAUAAACAUGAGGUGUGGCGUCUUCGAGGAAACCGAAAUGAAAAGGCCUUGAAAGAUCAGCUACUGUUUAUUGAAUGGACCUAUUGGCUGGGAAGGAAGCACAGAAAAGGAGUUCUUGGACGGCUUCUGAAGGACAUUCGUGUAGAGUAAUUGUUCUC